AUGUUACCUCCUAGCAGAAGGUCCAAACGCCUGCAGAGAAAACUAACUGGAAAGGAUGAUUUGAUUGGCACUGAAAGUGAAGAUGUAUCUGUGAGCAGGGAAGAUGAGUCCCGGAAGUUGGUCCAGCAAAGAAGGCCAAAACGACUAAGAAAGAAACUUCUGUCUGAAUAUUACAGUGGUGAAGUUACUGAUGAUAAAGGCACCUGGCGGAGUAGCCCUGAUGAUGAUGACCAUCUACCCCCUCAACGAAGAUCGAAGCGCCUUCGGGAUAGGGUGGGAACUAGAAAUUAUGAAUCUGAUGAUGAAGCUGAUAGUGACACUAUUGGUAAGUCCCAGAAGUUGGUCCAGCAAAGAAGGCCAAAACGACUAAGAAAGAAACUUCUGUCUGAAUAUUACAAUGUUGAAGUUUCUGAAGAUAAAGACACCUGGCAGGGUAGCUCUGAUGAUGAUGAUCAUCUACCCCCUCAACGAAGAUCAAAGCGCCUCCAGGAAAGGGUGGGAACCAGAAUUCACGAAUCUGACGACGAUGCUGAUAGUGACACUAUUGAUAAUCAUAGGAAGGCAAUUCCAUGCAGAAUGUCAAAGCGCCUACAAGAGAAACGGAAGGCUGAUCAUAUUUCAGAUGAGAGCUAUACUGAAGCUUCUUCAUGUAUGUUGUCAGUGUCUUCAUCUUCAGGAUCAGAUGAUGAGUUAUUGCGCAAUACUGUAAACCCUUGCAAAAACACUUCUGAUGGACCAAUGUGCUCAAUAUGUAAGAGUGGAACUGGCAGCUCUUUUCUAAUCGAAUGUCAGAAUUCUAGCUGUUCUCAUAGCUUCCAUAGUUUCUGUCUCCAUCCUCCUAUGCAAAACAGUGGAGGCACCUUGGAAUGUCCUCUGUGCAAUAGCAAUCAAACUUCUUUGGCUCAGAGGACAGAAGUAAAUCCGUCAAGAAAGAUCCAAAGGUUUGUAGGUUGUAGACGGGUGAUUCUUCAGGAGUCAGAUUUCCAGUAUCAGUUCCUCGUGAAAUGGCAUUUACUUUCUCAUCAUCAUGACUGCUGGGUUCCACUUGACUGGCUUCUUGUUCAUGAUCGUCUACGGGCACAAAGCUACAUCAGGAAGAAUAGCUUGCCUAAGGAGGUCUUCUCGGAUGAUGAAAGGAAACCAGAAUGGUUUGAAGUAGAUCGUGCCAUUGCAUGUCGUCGGAAGUUUGAGCCUCAUGGUUUAUGUGACAUCUUGGCUAGUUUUGAAGAUAAUGAAGACUUUGAGGGAUAUGAGUUCCUUGUGAAAUGGAAAGGCCUUGAUUACUGUGAUGCUACAUGGGAGCCAUAUUCGACCGAAGGCGUGCAAUCAGCUAUUUCUAUGCUUGUCGAAAGGCAUCGAAAUACAUUAAAAAGAGCUGAUUGUAUCAGCCAAAUGUACACUGAUGAAAUGAUACCCGAAAAUGUACACAGUGGUGCUUUAUAUGACUAUCAACUUCAAGGAUUACAAUGGAUAUUUGACAAUUUCAAAAUUAGGAGGAGUGUUAUUCUUGCUGAUGAAAUGGGUCUUGGCAAGACUGUCCAAGUUGUUUCCUUUCUCAGCCAUAUUAUCAAGGGAAGUUUCACAACAUCACCUGCGUUGGUCCUAGCUCCCAAAAGCAUCCUACUCCAAUGGAAAAAGGAAUUUGGUCGCUGGGCAAGUGAUCUAAAUAUUGUUGUUUACCAAGGAGAUAAGGACUCCAGGAAGUGUAUUCAAGAUCAUGAAAUGUACUCUUCUGAAGGGAGGACUUUAUUUGACGCUCUUGUCACAAGUUACGAGUUUGUCCAACUCGAUAAAGAAGUCCUACAAAAAAUUAAGUGGUCAACGAUUGUCAUUGACGAGGCACACAGACUGAAGAAGGUUGAUUGCAACCUUGCAUCAGUCCUAAAACGAUAUAGCUCAGAGUUCCGGCUUCUACUUACGGGAACACCAUUGCAAAACAAUAUCCUGGAAUUGUUUUCGUUGCUUCAUUACAUUGAUCCAGAUGAGUUCUCCGAUGCAAAGGCCGAUGGGUUGUUCUUACCAAUUGAAUGUGGACUGGACUUGACAAUAGAUGAAAAAGUUGCUCGCAUUCAUGAAAUUUUAAAGCCUAGGAUGUUGAGGAGGAUGAAAUCAGAUGUGCUAAAAGAUUCUAUGCCGAUAAAGAAGUGGGUAGAAGUUCCAUGUGCACUUACAGACUCUCAAAGAGACCUUUACAUUAAUAUUUUAGAGAAGAACUACUCGAAGCUGAACAGUGCUAUUCAGUCUGGCAGAAAGCUUUCUUUGAACAAUUAUCUAUUUCCAGGACUGGAAGUUCACCAGCGUGCAGGAGAAGAUGUUUUCCUAUCACUUGUUUCUGCAUCUGGGAAACUUCAACUCUUACACAAGCUUCUUCCGAAACUGAAAGAAAGGGGGAACCGUGUACUGAUUUUCUCCCAGAUGACCAAGAUGCUUGAUAUUCUCGAAGACUUUCUUUUUUCCCUGGGCUACAAAUAUGCACGCAUUGAUGGACAGACAUCACUCUCUGCAAGGCAGGAGGGCAUAAAAGAAUACAACAACGUUGAAAGUGAAACGUUUAUCUUCUUGAUGUCUACUCGUGCUGGUGGUCUAGGUAUUGACCUGCCUGGUGCAGAUCGAGUAAUUAUCUAUGAUCCUGAUUUCAACCCAUUCAUGGACUUGCAAGCACAGUCAAGGGCUCACCGGAUUGGCCAGACCCGACCUGUGGUUGUCUACCAACUAAUCACAAAAUGCUCUGUUGAAGAGAAGAUACUGCAAAAGUCUAAGCAGAAGCUGGCCAUUGAGAAUAUGUUAAUGAACUCUUCCAAAAAGCCAAGUGCAGAGGAGCUGAAGUCUGUCCUACUACACGGAGCCAAGACAAUUCUGGAGAAGAAGAAGAUCAAUGCUACAUCAAUCCAUUAUGAUGACGAGGCCAUUGAGAAUCUCCUCAAGUUAGAUCCUUCUAUUGGGGAGAAGUGCUCUUCAGAAGACAAUGGUUAUCUUGGGAGCAUUGUGAGCUUUGCUCAUGGCGGCGAGGAGGAAGGACCUCUCUCCCCCAAGGUUGAGGAUCUCAAAGUUUUCAAGCCUGCUACUCCCAAAGUUGAACUACUUGGCCGUGGGAGAAGGCAACGGUUGGCUGUGAAAUACUCUGAUGAUCUUGAUAUUGGAGACAGCGAUGACAUGUAUGCUCCGGAAGUUUCCCCAGAUUCAAGUAGCUCUUCAUCUGAUGAUGAGACAGAGCAAGAAAUUCCUGAAGUGGUGAGCUUGAAGCAGGAAGUUGCUCCAGAUUCAAGUAGCUCUUCAUCUGAUGAUGAGACAGAGCAAGAAAUUCCUGAAGUGGUGAGCUUGAAGCAGGAAGUUGCUCCUGUGCCUGACAGUCAAUUGACAUCCUCCUUAAGCUCCUCUGAUGGUGAAAAGGAGAAUGUGACGCUUUGAGUAACGAGCGUGAAGCCGGAAGUACCUCACAGUUUAUGAAGAAACCUUCUACUACUAAUCAUUAAGUUAAGGAAGUAGAAAAACACUUCUUUUGUAUAGGAAUCGCUGAUGUAGCCAUACGUUGCUAAUUUAUAUGCAGGCUUUUGUGGCAUUUGGCGAUAUU